AGUGUUCGCUUUUUAGUGUACGUUUAACGCUGAUCGAUAGAACAUGUGCGUUUUUGUCCUGCACGUCGGUGGCAGGUUUUGAACUACUAUUGAACUACCCUGCGCUUUGUGGCUUAUCUCUGCGCCGAGAAGGUGCCGUGUGUCGGUGGUUACAACGGUCCGGUUUGUUGUUCGCGUCGUGAGAAGUGUUGUUGUUGAUUGAUACGAAAGGAAGAUAACAAAAAAAAAAAAAAACGAAAGAUCUAAGUGACCACAAAGUAGUGCGAAAAAGCCGUCGCUUACUAUGGUUAUGAAUAUUUUUCGCGAAAUUCACCUAGAGCUUCGUGUGAAAGUGUGAACGUGAAUCAAGGAUAGUUUGACCUGAAGUUGUGACGAUUAAAGGAUUAGAUCGUGAAGAUUCUCAAUCGACACAGGAUCCGAUAAAACGGGAAGGCUCUUGGCCACUAAGUGACACAAAAGGUUAUUUGGAUUUGUAGCUCAGGACUUCGGUGCGAGGCGACAAGCGGUAAAAAUAAAACUAGGAAGUGUAAAACAAGUGCACCGGACGGCGACGGCGGAAGGGGGACCAAUUUCCGAUCGCAAGAGUCCGUAAAAAGCAGUCAAAAUCGUGCUCCAGUGGCAUAUCCCGGGCGAAAGCCCCUUCGAGCAGAGCAAGAUUAAUAGCCUAUCGGAUAUCACCGGUGGAGGCGGCGGCAUGACGGUACCGGUACAGCGAAACUCGAUGGCCGUGUUACAGCCUCCGCGGUCACGGUUCAUGAUCACCGAUAUCCUGGGCGGUAGUCAGAACCAUCACAAUCACCACCACCAGACGACACACCAGGGUGGUGGUGGAGGCGGCCCCGAUAGUAUCAACGGUAGUAGUAGCGAGGGUCGUACGCCCAGUCCGGGUCCCCGGGAUCUUAGCAUUGUGGCGGGACACCACCUGCAGCACCAGGGCGCCGCUGUGUUGGCGUCCGGUGGACAACAUCACCUCGGACUGCAUCAUCAUCAUCUUCACCACCAUCAUCAGCUGGACGAUGAUCAGGAUGUCAAGAGCGAAAGCGAUAGCGACGACAGCUGCCCGCUGGAUAAUUCCAGCGUGUGCAGUAACGGCGUCAAGGACGAGGACGGCAAUAGCAUAAAGAAUGGUCUGGGGCUGAGCGGUACAGCCGGCCUUAGUAAAAAGCAACGAAAAGCGCGGACAGCCUUCACCGACCACCAGCUGCAAACGCUGGAGAAGAGCUUCGAGCGGCAGAAGUAUUUGAGCGUACAGGACCGAAUGGAGCUGGCCAACAAGCUGGGGUUAAGUGACACCCAGGUGAAGACGUGGUACCAAAAUCGAAGAACCAAGUGGAAGCGGCAGACGGCGGUGGGAUUGGAGCUGCUAGCGGAGGCUGGAAACUACGCUGCCUUCCAGCGAUUAUACGGAGGACCUCCCUAUCUCGGUGGAUGGCCUUACCCAACGCAGGCUGGGCCUCCUGGAGCUCCGCAAAGCGCCGUGGAUGCCUACUAUCGACAUGCGGCCGCGGCAGCCGCCCUUCAGAAGCCACUACCGUACAGAAUAUACCCCGGGGUGCCCGGCCUUGGGACACUCAACACUAUUCCUGGCCCAAGCGCACCAUUCCCGCACCUUUCGGCAUCGACGUCGCUGUCGACGCUAAGCAGUUACUAUCAAGCCAGCAGCCAACAGGUGGCAGCAGCGGCCGCUGCAGCCGCCAACAGUGCGGGUCACCCAGGCAGUAACUGCAGUCCGGGGACAACCGGAAACAACGGAAGUGCGAACAACGGCAACAACAAUCACGGAAGCACUGGUAGCCUCAGUAGUCAUCCUCGGCGAUCGCCCAGUCCAACGCUUAAUCCCGGCAGUCCGCCGGGCCGAUCCGAGAGCAAUCCUCCUAGCGACGAUGAAGACGAAAACAUACAGGUUUGAGUUUGCCCCGUCUAGCGAACCAAAAACUGCAACAACUGUGUGAUUGAAGCCGCCGUGACAACUGAACACUCAUAUACGUAUAAUGAACAGAAUGAAAAUAGUGAUUAUUAUUUUUAAUAGCAUUUAUUUAAAGCAGAUUUUAUUUUUCCAAACAAAACCAUUAGCGAAAACGCGGCGACCUUUCGACGGACGAACCGAGUGAAGCGUAGAGUCGCUCUUUGUGUGCAAACUUCAGCACCUUGUGCAUCAGCCGAAGGUUUGAAAAUACGUCAUCCGCCUGCUGAAGGCACAACGCACAAUGAGAGCAAGCCCCAUUCUCUGGCCAACCGUUUAUAACUGUUUUGUAUUAUUUAAUUAAUUAGUGCUCGGCCGGCGUCGGAGAGUGACGCUUCGUUGAACACUUUACUUUGUAUGUACUGGGAAGAACUGCAGUGCAGUAACGUACGCGGAAUUAAGUGAAACUCCGCGGGGUCCUUUUUCGGAGCGAGUGUUGUAAUAAGAUUAAUUCCAAGGUUUCUGCGGUCUGUUCCCUACGGUUUUAAACGGUUGGCCAGGAUUAGCGAUCAGCCUACUCGGUUUGUCCACUAAAUGGUCGCCCUUUGUGUACAUAUAGUAUAGUAACACGGAAGCUGAAAAUUUGAUAUUAAUUGUCCCAGCAGCUGGGAAAGCAGUUAAAAAAAACAAGAAAAAAAAAAACAGAAAUGCAUCAACCCAGAACAAGACCAGGGGGAAAACGUUGACAGUGAUGACGAAGACGAUGGAAGAUAACACUCUAUAAACGAGCGAGAGAAAGAGAACGCGAGAGUGUGAAUGCGGUUAAUUUUGUUUUUGUUGUAUAGAUAAUGGCAGUAAAUGUAAAUCGCUAGGCAACAGAAAAAGAAGUAGAAGACAUUCAGCCUACCCAGACCAGUGAGACGACGACUAAAUUUAUUAACUAUAGUCUUAAUUUAUGAUAAUAGUAUUUGAAAAUAAUUAUUUAAAUCUUUUAUAAGUGUAAAAUGUUGUAAACUUUGGCCUCCCCCUCGGCAGCUCAGUUCAAUGUGUUAGUUUCUCUCACCCUGCCAAGCGACCGACCUGCGGGUUAGAAUUUGACCUUCGGAAAGCUCACGCUUGUCUCUUUAAAAAAAAAAGCCGCAAGCUGCCUUCAUCUAAACUUGAAAACAAAAAACGAAAUGCUUCGACUGAAUGACAACAGAAAUUGCUCAAAACAAAACCAGAGUUCACAAGUGAACUACUACAGAAGAAAAUCAAAACGCCGCAACACACACACAAACACAUAUUAUUAAUCAUACAAUAGCAAGCUAGUAAGUAAUCAAAUUGCCAAAAUUUAGUUAAAGAGUACGAAUUCGGAAAAAGGAAAAAAAGCAGUAUUAAAUGUCCCCAGUUGAGAGCGCAACAAUUGGCUUUAUCUUAGGUUUUUGUGUUUCAUUCACAACAAAACAAGCGCUAAAACUUGAACUCUGUAGUCUCUACACACAAAUAUAGUUUUGUUUUAUUUUAGGGCGGAAAGAUACAGGAUGUGAGCUGGAGAAGACAAAGCAAGCAAAAUGCUAAAGAUUAUAGGUUACGAGUCGUUCUAUUAGUUUUCAACUUUUCGGAAAAGAAGGAAGCUUACACGAUAGUUAGUUAUUGAAAAAUUGUAAAUAUCGACAUACUAAUGAAUAUAAUCGGCGUAUUUGUAAGUGAAGUUUCUCUCACCCGGUAGCAGCAUUCCAUUCUAUAAACCUUUAAAAGUGAGCGGUUUGUGCAAAAAAUCGAACCACACUGGAAUGGAAUUAGCGUGAACAAUGUUACACCUAACCGACAAAUAUGACGAGAAAUAAAGAUAAACAUUUUAUUGAAAAUUAA